UUCAUCAAAUUGAAGUUCAAGCCAGCUGCCAAAAUUUUAAAAACCAAGUUAAAAUACAGGAUUAAAAACACCAACGGCAACUCCUUCAAAUAAUAAUUUGGCGUUUUCGCUGGGUUGAGCCAUUUUCUCGGGGAGGUGUGAGGAAGCCUUGAGUAGAUCCCCGCGGACUUUGGGGGCUGGGAUCCCCCCGCUCAGAGACAGCAGAGGGCGCUGGAUCCCAACUGGAUUCCUCGGAGGCUCUUCCAGGCAUGGCCGAAGUUUGAAAAAGUCCCCUGGCGGGGCGGGCGGGCGGCUGCUCCUUCGGGCUGGCUUGACCAGAGAUCCGCCCGCAGGGAAGGAGCGAGGUCCUAAGCAAUGGCGGCCGGGGAGAUCCAGCAGGGCAGCCAUCUCCAGCAGCUGAGCAACGGGGCGAAUGUCAUGGAUCCGGGCUUCCAGCAGAAGCUGGAGGACGAGAAGGAGCUCAUUCGCCGGGCCAUCCAGAAGGAGCUGAAGAUGAAGGAAGGGGCAGAAAACCUGCGGCGAGUGACGACCGACAAAAAGAACCUGUCACACGUGGAGAACGUUCUGAAAUCCACCAAUCACAAACUGGAACAGUUGCAUCAGGAACUCCGGGAGCUUGAUGCUUGGAUUGUUGCAACGGAAAAGGAGGAGGAGGAGACAGAUGGGAAAAUGUCCCCUGGUCUCUGUCUCUGGGAAAGGAGCCCGGACCCUGUGACAAGGCGGAUAGAGGCUCUGAAGAAACAGCUCCACAUUGAGAUGAAGGUGAAGCAAGGAGCAGAGAACAUGAUCCAAAUGUAUUCCAGUGCCACAAAGGAACGGAAGCUUUUGGCGACGGCUCAACAGAUGCUGCAAGACAGCAAGACCAAGAUCGAGUUGAUCCGUAUGCAGAUUGUGAAGGUGUCUCAGUCGGCAGGUGGUGGGGCAGACACAGUGGAUCCGGCAGUGAAAAACGGAGGCGCGGUCAGUCUCCUGGAGCUACGGAUCGAAGAACUGCGGCAUCGCCUCCGGAUCGAAGCCGCAGUGGCUGAAGGAGCCAAAAACGUGGUGAAGAUCCUGGGGGGCAGGCGGGUGCAAGACCGGAAAGUCCUGGCUGAGGCUCAGGCCCGCUUGCAAGAAUCCUCCCAGAAGAUUGAUCUGCUCCGUCUAUCCCUCGAGCACCUUCUUGGCCGUCUGUCCCCCGAUCACCCAAAGCGAGCGAUCCUCAAACAGGAGCUGGUGCACUCAUCUUUUCUGGGCUCUCCGCAGGGCGGUGCGCAGCCAAUUACAUCCUUGAUCAAGCCCACAGGCCUCACAGGCACACUGGAAGUACGGCUGAUGGGCUGCCAAGAUCUAUUGGAAAAGGUUCCGGGCCGUUCCCGAGUGGCCGGUUCAACACCCAUCUACGGGAGCCCUGGCGACCUGAAGCCCUUAACCCGGAGCUGGGCCAGCAUGAGCAUUCAUAGCCGCGGAGCUGUCGCCAAGCAUAUUCGGAACCAGGAACUCUGCAGUGAAGUCCUUGCUGUUCUCAAGGUGGACAACAAGGUGGUUGGCCAGACGAACUGGGGACCGGUUAAUAACCAGGCUUGGGAUCAGACCUUUAUUAUUGAACUGGAUAAAUCCCGAGAGCUGGAGAUCUCCGUGUACUGGCGCGACUGGAGGGAGUUGUGUGCGGUGAAGUUCCUGCGCUUGGACGACUUCCUCGAUAACGAACGCCAUGGCAUGUGCCUCUCCCUCGAACCCCAAGGCAUGCUUUUUGCAGAGAUAACCUUCAGUAACCCCGUGAUUGAGCGACGGUCCAAGCUGCAACGUCAGAAGUGCAUUUUCCUCAAACAAAAAGGGAAAGAGUUCCUCCGAGCCUCUCAGAUGAAUAUCAACGUUGCCACGUGGGGCCGCCUUAUGAUGAACCUGCUGCCCCCCUGUAAUUCUCUGGGCACCCUGAGCCCCCCUCUCCAGGCUGCCACGCAUGCGAAUAAUGCUUUUCCGGCCCCAUCUCUUCAGACAGAGGCAGUGGUAGCAGAGGCCAGCAAUUUCCCAGCAGUGAAACUGACGUUUGACGUGCCACCUCCGAAACCACCCCGCCUCUUUCUGGAAUCGUAUCCCAAAGUGCUGGAUUCACCACCUGCAGAUGCUCUGCAUCUGCGAAGGUGGCCCAUUGAUGUACGAACUCACAGCUCACGAAUGGCAAGCCGGGCCACUGUGAGGAAGAAGACGGUCCAGUUCGAAGACUUCUCCUGUAUCGCCGUGCUGGGACGCGGGCACUUUGGAAAGGUGCUGCUGGCUCAGCAUAAGGCAACAGGAAAGCUCUGUGCCGUCAAAGCCCUGAAGAAGCAUGAGAUCGUCAGCCGGGAUGAGAUGGACAGCUUGAAUUGCGAGAAGCGAAUCUUUGAAGUUGUCAACUCCUCUGGCCACCCUUUCCUGGUGAACAUGUUUGCCUGCUUUCAGAUGCCAAGCCAUGUGUGUUUCGUGAUGGAAUACACCCCCGGGGGGGACCUCAUGAUGCGCAUCCACUCGGACGUCUUUCCAGAGCAUGUGACGCGGUUCUACUCGGCCUGUGUCGUCCUGGGACUCCAGUUCUUACAUGAGAAGAAGAUAAUUUACAGGGAUCUGAAGCUGGAUAACCUCCUCUUAGACGCCCGGGGGUUUGUGAAGAUUGCCGAUUUUGGCCUUUGCAAAGAAGGGAUGGGUUUUGGAGACCGGACCAGCACCUUCUGCGGCACGCCGGAGUUCCUGGCCCCAGAAGUCCUGACGGAUCCCGCGUACACUCGAGCAGUUGACUGGUGGGGGCUGGGAGUGCUGGUAUUUGAGAUGCUGGUCGGGGAGUCCCCAUUCCCUGGCGACAACGAAGAGGAGGUUUUUGACAGCAUUGUCAAUGAAGACGUCCGCUACCCACGAUUCCUUUCUUCAGAGACCAUCUCCAUCAUCCGCAAGCUUCUCCAGAAGUGUCCGGAGCGUCGCCUGGGAGCAGGAGUCGGGGAUGCGGAGGAGAUUAAAACCCAGCCCUUCUAUAUGGAGAUUGACUGGGAUGCUCUCUUUGCCCGGACGUUAAAGCCUCCUUUCGUGCCUUCCUUGAAAUACCCCACCGACAUCAGCAACUUUGACCAGGAGUUCACCUCCCAGAAAGCUAUCCUGACUCCUCCCGACGAUCUCCCCAACCUCACUGCAGAGGAGCAGGCUCUGUUCAAAGACUUUGACUUUGUUUCCAGACACUUCUUGGAGGUCUGAUUUGGCGGGGACACACGGAGUUGGUUCACAUAUUACCCACUGCUCUUGCUGCUAGAAGACAGACUCGGAUACUGGUUUGGGGGAGGCGAAAUCUGCGAGAAGCACGGGUGCGUUUUGGGGCUGAGAUCUGAAGAACCUGCAGGAAACGGCGGUACUGGUUUCCAGGAUGGAUACAGACGAGAUGCGUUUUGCUUGGGAGAUGCUCACACUCCCCAAGACUCCGGUGAACUGAAUCUUGAGAUGGAGUCCAGUAUUUAUGUCGAUGUUGGGCUGGGUAGAUGGAAGCAACUGAAGCUUAAUUUCAUUUGGAGCCAAGAGCCAUUUUAAGAUGUAGAACAGAAUGUGUGCAUUUCCUUCAUGAGAGCUGAAUACGCUUCUGAUUCCAAGAUCUUUAUUGAGGAUGGGUGUCAGGUGGGAGCAAACGGCUGUAGCACUUUAGACUUUUAUUUUGUGACUGUUGGGAGUUAGAUGACGUUUACCAAUCCCGGGAUCAGUUGACGCUGCUAUAACGAAUGCUGCAUACAGAGAGCUUCUUUGGAUGCAAUGUUUUCUGGCUAUGAGAUGGCUCUUAAGAGGAAUUCCUGUGAUGUGCAAGCUGUCAGCCACUCACGUGUGGAUCCGAACAUGGAAAUGUCUGUAAUGAUUUGCAUCUGGAGCCUUUAAACGGAGGUUUACGUAGGAAAAAGACUUACUCUUUUGCCCAAUCUUAAUGCCUUUCUUGCAAACGAUGCCGCAUUAACAAAUCCUCCAGAAUUUGCAUACACUGUUGGUUACAACCAUUUCUAUUGGUUUCUCAUCCCUUUUGACUAACUAAAAUGUACCUUCUGCCCACUAGCGUAGCAUUCUUUUGUCUUUGUAAAUUAUAUUGUGUACAUUUCUGCUGGUGUGUCUCACGUGUUUUACUGCCCUGGCUGUCAGGGUCAUGAAUUUGUCUGCACAAAUGUCAUAUUAGGGUAACUACUGGAUGUGCUAAGACUGCACUGUUCUCUGUGAAUUUCUCUCUCCUUAUGCCAAAGGCGAUGUAUUUUUGGUAAAGGGGAUGCUUAUAUUAAAGAGAGUUUUGAUGGUGUGAACGUUUGCCGGUGGGGGACGGAGGAAGAGAAAACGGACUGGAGAAUUGAGCUUGAUUGGUGUCUGAUAUGUAUGUGUGUGUAUAUAUAAAUUGAAGGCCUGAUUGACUUCGAACAUCCUAUUGCUAUGAUUUGCUAUUUAACAUUAAAUUGCAUUGAGUGUUCA